AUGACUUGGCGAAAGCCCUUCGGAGACCGCGCUGCGGCGUCUGGCACCGUUGCCGGGGGCCAGGUCGAACAGAUCUCCAAUGGCAGCGUCCAGUACAUCGGCGAAAAGGGCGGCAAUGAUGCACCUCCAACAUACCAAGAUGCCUCCGGUGCGCCCGUUGAGAACAAUUCGCCUUUGGGAUAUUCCGUCGGGCCGGUUACUAUCACGUUGCUGAACAUCACGAUGAUGAUCGGUGCUGGUAUCUACUCUACACCUGCUUCAAUUCUCGCGGGUACUGGUUCCGUUGGUGUUAGCUUUGUCUAUUGGACUCUUGGUUACCUGCUAUGCAUGGCAUCUGGAGCCGUCUACCUCGAGUUCACCGCAUACUUCCCCAGUCGAUCCGGCUCCGAAGUCGUCUUCCUCGAACAAGCCUACCCCCGUCCCAUGUGGCUUUUUCCAACCACAUUCGCGGUACAGAGUGUUAUUCUAUCCUUUGGAAGUGCAAAUGCCACGGGUAGAUGGAAAGUCAUGGCAAACUACCUGAUUGCCAUAUCUGGCCAUGAGGGCACAGAUUGGCAAAUCAAGGGGACCGCCUUAGCCUGCUACACCCUAGCCACACUGACACUUGUGUUCAACACCAAGUACGCUUAUUGGUUUUCCAACGGCGUCGGAAUCGUGAAGAUUUGCACUUUGCUUUUCGUCAUUAUCACGGGUUUCGUCGUUCUAGGCGGACACACAAAGGUUCAGGACCCCACGGCAAACUUCAAAGAUGCCUGGUCUGGUAGCUCUUCGGCCACUGCAUACGGCAUGACUACUGCACUUUACCGCAUCAUCUUCUCAUACGGAGCUUUGACCACGGUCUACGUCCUUUACAUGUUCGCCAACGUUGCUUUCUUCGCUGCUGUGCCAAGAGAGGAUCUUGAGAACUCUGGCUUGACAGUUGCAAGUCUCUUCUUCACGGCAGUCUUCGGAAACUCUGGGGCUGUGCGUGGUCUGAACUUUCUUAUUGCACUGGCCUCUUUCGGAAAUAUGAUCGCGGUUAUUAUUGGGCUUUCUCGCCGCAUUAGAGAAUGCGGUCGCCAAGGCGUACUGCCUUGGACAAGAUUCUGGGUAUCUACGAAGCCUUUUGGAACGCCAUUGGGACCGUAUGCGGUGAUUUGGUUUCUGACUGCGCUAAUGAUUCUGGCGGUCCCUGCUGGAGACGCUUUCACUUUUGUCAACGAUCUCGGAGUCUUUCCCCAGGCCGCCUUUAACUUGGCAAUGGCUGUGGGUAUCUAUGUCGUCCGCUGGCGGCGGAGUAAGCUGAACCUCCCCGAGCCCGAGUUCAAAGCGUGGCACGUGGUGAUCAUCUUCAACAUCUGCAUCCAGCUUUACCUUCUGAUCAUGCCGUGGUACCCGCCGGCAGGCGGACAGUACGCUGGUGACGUCAGCUUUUGGUAUGCGACGUACGCGGUGACCGGUGUGGGAAUUCUCCUCGCCUGUGCAGCUUACUACUGGUUUUGGGCAUUCCUCAUCCCAAAAUGGAAGGGCUACAAGUUGCGCCAGGAACUCAUCAGUUUUGAGGACGGUGCUCAGAGUAACCAGCUUCGGAAGGUCCCUUACGCCGACGUUGCCGAAUGGGAUGCUACUCACGAUGCGGCUGGGCGCAUCGUCAACAACACCACCGUUACCGAAGCUCCGGUCCAAGAGAAGGCUGUGCGCACUUCAUCUGAGGGCAGCAACUCUGAUGUCGGUAACUCAGUUUCUGUGAGUAAUCGGAAAAACGGCGGUGUCUAG